ACGCCAUUGCACUUAGCAUCGCAGAAUGGACACAUGGAGGUGGUCAAGCUGCUUAUUGAGAAGGGAGCUGACACUGCGGUUGCGGCCAAGGACGGGCGGACGCCAUUGCACUUAGCAUCAGUGAAUGGACACAUCGAGGUGGUCAAGCUGCUUAUCGCGAGGGGAGCUGACACUGCGGUUGCAACUAAGGACGGGCGGACGCCAUUGCACUCAGCAUCACAAAAUGGACACAUCGAGGUGGUCAAGCUGCUUAUC